AUGUGUUAGGAUAUUCACCAAAUAUCCUAAGAAUACUAUUUUUAGAAGUGCAAUCCUAUUGGUCGAAUUCUAUUGGCCGAAAUUAUGAUCGUUCUUACCGUCAGGGUCAAAUACUUCAAUGUUAUCUUUUAUUGGUCAUCUGGACGGUCAAUGUCAUUCAAAUGUUCUUUUCUAUUGGUCGUCCUAAAUUGUCAAUGUCACGGACGUUGAUGCUUUUUCUUAUUCGACCUUAGUGUAUAAAUACGCGCUAUCUGGAAGACUUAAUAAUUCCGUUUCCCCUGCCUACUUCUUCUGUUUACGACCCAAUAAACAUCUUCCUGCCACGGUGUUACGUUCUGAUUUCUAGGAGAUUGGGGAAAGCCUUGGGUCGUUUUGUGAUAUUUGAAUUGGACGCCGUUAGGACUGAAGAUUUACGUAGCCGCGUUUACAAAAAAUUUGGCGACGGGUUGGUGACUAAAUAUGGAUCCAGCUACAUUAGAAAAAUUGUUUGCACAGCAGCUGAAGCUGAUGGAGAUGCUUACUCAGACGCACAUCUCUUCUCAAGUCUCAUCUACACCAACAAUUCCUCAGUCAGUUGAUGGUAUGACCAGUAGUAUUUCUGAGUUUCUGUAUGAUCCUGACGCCAAUAUUACAUUUGAUACUUGGUUCAUGCGUUAUGAAGAUCUUUUCAAAGUUGAUUUUGCUGACAAAGAUGAUUCCUGGAAGGUGCGUCUUCUCCUUCGAAAACUUGGUCCGUCAGAACUGGACAAGUAUCGCAACUACAUCCUACCGCAGAACCCACGUGACAGAUCAUUCGAUGCUACGGUUCAGUCCCUCAGCAAACUUUUUGGGGAUCAGCAUUCUAUUUUCAAUACACGUUAUCGUUGUUUAAAACUAGUCAUGAAUGAGUCCGAUGACUUCUUGACUCAUGUUGGUAUUGUCAACCGCGAGUGUGAACGGUUCAAACACAGAUCCCUUACUGAUGACCAAUUCAAAUCACUCAUAUUCAUAUGCAGUCUACAAUCACCCAAAUUCUCCGACAUCAGAACUCGAUUGCUUAACCGCCUCGAACAAGACCCAACACUGACACUCGAUGCUAUCGCUGAUGAGUAUCAACGCAUCACCAACUUACAGUGUGACACCACUUUGGUUCAGUCUGGGAGCCAGGGUGGUUCCGAAGUUCACGUUGUUCAGCAGCAGAACAAAUCUUCUAGAUCGGAAAACUUUGGUCGUUCGAAUGCCAGUUCUGUUUCUAAUCAAUCAAAAUCAACGCAUAAGAAGCCCCCCUCACCAUGUUGGCACUGUGGAGACUGGCAUUAUGUGAAAUUUUGUCCAUUCAAGCAGCAUGUGUGCAAUCGCUGUCAGAAAAUUGGUCAUAAAAGCGGUUUUUGCCAAUCAACCAAAUUCACUGGCCGGCGAAAUUCACAGUCGCAGCGCCGUUAUCCCAGAAAGCCGUUUGCUGCAUCUAGGAGUUUAGCAGCAGUCUUCCACACCGAUGCUUCUACUCGACGCAAAUUUCUGACCCUCUCGAUCAAUGGUCAGCUGGUUCGGUUGCAGUUGGAUACUGCAUCAGAUAUCACUAUUCUUUCAGAAGAGACUUGGCGAACCUUGGGUCAGCCACGCAUCAAACCAUCGUCGCAGACAGCUGUCAGUGCCUGUGGGGGCCACCUUCGUCUUCGUGGUAAACUUCAUUGCUGUGUUUCGUUCAGAGGUACAACCUUCGAUGGAACAUGCUACAUCACCAAGUCUCCUCUAAACCUUCUGGGGUUAGAUUGGUUCGAAGAACUUGGUCUUGCCGAUCUUCCCAUCAGUACUAUUUGCAAUCAAGUGAAAACUCCUGUGACUACACAACAACAUGCUGCAGAUCUUCAAAAACAAUUCACAAAACUCUUUCAGCCUGGUCUCGGAUUUUGUUCCACAGCGGAAGCUAUUUUGAGACUGCAACCAGAAGCUACGCCAGUUUUUCGUCCAAAACGCCCAGUCCCAUACGCAUCUCUUGCUCUGGUUGACGCUGAACUGCAACGGCUGGAAACGGAAGGUGUUCUUGUGCCUGUCUCUUACUCAUCAUGGGCGGCACCGAUUGUGGUUGUAAAGAAAGCCAAUGGUUCCAUACGCAUCUGUGCAGACUUCUCCACAGGACUAAACGCGGUACUACAACAGCAUCACUAUCCGCUGCCGAUUCCAGAUGCCUUAUGAAGUUGGUGCGAAAGUGUAUGCGCGGGACUACAGACACGGAUAUGAUAGAUGGAUAGAGGGUGAAGUCACUAAGAAACAUGGGAACGUAAUGUAUGAUGUCAGGGUGAGCCGAGAUAUUUGGACCAGGCACCAUAAUCAACUAAGGCCAAGGGAAGCUGAUAAAAAGGGUGACAUUACGAAACGCCUCUCACUCGACUUACUGUUGGAUACUUUUCAACUUCCGACAAUAACUCCAACAGAGACUACUGAGUCAUCUACUCAAGCAGAACAUCCUCCAAGUUCAGAGUUGCUAUCUAGAAGGUGGUCGGAUCGCAAACGUAAACAACCAAAGAAAAUUCAGAUAAAUCCUCGGCUGCAUCGCUAUUAAUUUCUUUUUUUUUCAGAGGGAGGUGUUUGGAUAUUCACCAAAUAUCCUAAGA